ACAAAAGAUGCCCCUGCUCCUAUGGGAGGCCUCCUCAGCCAAGGCAUCGUCGCCAAUGGCUUUGUCUUCACCUCGGGCGCCAUUGCACAAGAUCCAACAACCGGUCAAGUUAUUGAUGGGGACAUUGAAGAGCACACAAUUAUUAGCACCGAUGCAUUGAGAACCUGGGCGAUUUUGGAGGCGGUUGGUUCUAGUCUAAACGAUGUCAUUCAAGUAACGAUUUACAUGGCUAGCUCUGAAAAGUUUGCGCGGAUGAAUGAGGUUUAUAAGAUAUAUUGGGGAGAUAUCAAGCCUGCGAGGACGACCGUGUUCAUGUCUGAGCUACCGCCUAAGACUCUGCUUGAGAUGAAGUGUGUUGGUUUGGUUACCGGACAAGAAGUUGCCAAGUCGAAGGUGUAG